AUGGCCAGGCCGGCGCGGUUUGGUCUGGCGACCUACAGGGCGCGCACCGCGGCGCGUCUGGAGGCGGCGGAGUCCGAGGAGGCGCCGGAGCCGUGCCGCCCCCACUCGCGCGACGACUUUCUCCGACGCGUCCACUCCUUCUCCAACGCGCGCCUCUGGUUUGCAAAGCCCGCCGCGCUCUCGCCGCCGCAGUGCGCUCGGCACGGCUGGCGGCUCGGCGCGGCGGCGGACACACUCGUGUGCCGCGUGUGCCUGGCGGAGUUCAAGUGCCCGACCAGCCUCGACGACCCCGCCGCCCUCUCCGCCGCGGAGGGCCUGCUCCGCACCGCCCACCAGCCGCUCUGCGCCUGGCGCUCGCAGCGAGCCGGAGGGGGCGUCCGGGACGUGUCCGGGACGUGUCCGGGACGUGUGCACGGCGUGGCCCGUAGGCUCAGCAACCCGUCGCCAGAGUCGUUCGGGCUGCCGCAGCCGCAGGCCCUCGCCGGGGGGCGGUAA